UGCAUGUGCAUAACUUAUCUGCUUAAUGCCAUUUAAAACUCAGAUUUUUCCCCUUAGGAUGAGACAAUAUAGUUUAAAUUGAUAUACUUUGAUAUUGGGAAUACCAAAAAAAAAUUAUGAAAAAUAAUGAAGGACACAAAGUGAGUUGCUGCCGCAUGUUUCAAGUUGUCUUAAACAUGCUUUAUAAGCACUACAAACUAAAUCAUAAACCUACCGCCCUACUGUUAAAUGUGUGUGUCAAAUGUUUAAUAUAUGAAUUCAAAAUUUUAUGUAACCUGGUGUUGAAUAAUUUGUUUGCCUUUCAUAAGUCAUGUCUGCUUAAGGCUGACCACAAGAUGUCAGGCCAGAGUCUUUUUUGAAUACCUAAUGCAAAGUUUUUUUUUUUUUUCACUUUUGCUAUGUAAUUUUGAGUUUGGCUUUGAAAAUUCUCUAUAAACACUAGUUUAUAAAAUUAACUCUUUUUUUUCUAGUAGGUCGUGACCUCGUAACAACAUCAUUUAAAGCUUAAAUUGAAUGUGACAUUACAUGACUGCACAUUCAAAAGCCCCAGUUUAACUUUUUCUUACUAAACGCUACAACCUGGGACUUAAAAUAGUCAGAAAUAUAAAUAAAUUAACAUUGGAAAAGUUUUUUGGAAGGCUGUCUGUAAAAAUUAAGGUUCUUUAUUGGCAUCUCUGGUUCCAUAAAGAACAUCCAUUGCACAAAAGGUUGUUAAUAGUGGAUAAAGGUUCCUUAAAUUAUUAAAAUGUUCUUCAUACUAAAAAAGAAAAUGGUUAUUUUAAGAACUGUUUACUGAAAGGUUAUUUGGGAAACCAAAAAUGGUUCUUCUAUGGCAUCACUGCGAAAACCACCUUUUGAAAGCUUUACUUUUCAAUGCAAAACUCACUAGCAGAGUUUUGGAUGGUUGGCAAGGCAUUGUUAUGCUGUUGCUAGGGUGUUCUGGUUGGUUGCAAAGUGGUUACUUACUAGCCAAAGUCAAAAAGGCCUACCGCCAUCAUAUUCUUCAAUUCUAAUAGUUCUUCAGUGGCAUUGCUGUGAAAACUUUUUGGAAUCUUUAUUUUCAAGACUGCAGAUGGUUGCUUACUGGCCCAUAUUAAAAGAGCCCAAUUCCUCUAAAUUAUAUUCUGGUCUCAAAAUAUGGUUUGAGGGGUUUAAGAGCCAUAUAAUCAAAAGUGAUACUUGUCUUAGUAUAAUAUGUCUUCUACUGAAAGGUUUACGUUAUUUGUGACCCUGGACCACAAAACCAGUCUUAAGUCGCUGGGGUAUAUUUGUAGCAAUAGCCAAAAAUACAUUGUAUGGGUCAAAAUUAUAGAUUUUUCUUUUAUGCCAAAAAUUAUUAGGAUAUUAAGUAAAGAUCAUGUUCCAUGAAGAUAUUUUGAAAAUUUCUUACUGUAAAUGUAUCAAAACUUAAUUUUUGAUUAGUAAUAUGCAUUGCUAAGAACUUCAUUUGGACAACUUUAAAGAUGUUUUUCUCAAUAUUUAGAUUUUUUUUUUGCACCCUCAGAUUCCAGAUUUUCAAAUAGUUGUAUCUCGGCCAAAUAUUGUCCGAUCCGAAUUUAGAAAAAUUGACACUUAAGACUGGUUUUGUCAUCCAGGGUCACAUUUGGGCUUUGUUUUCUAAUCCAUAUCACAGCUGCACUAUAACUUUCAUCAAUGCUUUGAAAGUUAAUUCAGAAUUCACUAAUAAUUAAAUUCAUUCAUUUAUCUCUACAGUGCAAAUGGAAAUGUUCCCAACAGCACAAACGCUUGUACUUCUUGAGUUAACACUUCAAGAAACACACAUUAAACUCUUCAUUCAGAAUCAAUUAAGUUUAUAAAGGCUUUUAUUCUUCGCUUCUGCCACGGUAUGUGUGCUUCAGAGCAACGGAGACGCACACCCAGGCAUUUCUCUGUUGUAUUUGUUUUAGAUUAGCUGAACAAACCUGAAUCCAUUCAGUCUAAUGCUUUUAUUGUAGCCCCCAUUGUCAAGUUGCAAUUCGUUCAUUUGCGUUAUCUAAAUGAGAGUGUUUCCCAUUAGUGUGGGACCAGAAGAUUCUAAAUGCUUUAUGACAUCACAAUCCACUAUCACCCAGCAACCUGGGCAGCUGUCAGUCAACCGUACGAGUGUAAGGACACUUUAAAAAGAGCGCUUAGAAUUCCCGAGGGUCCAGAACCAGAACCACAGCUACAAAGAGACACUCCGUGAGCGGAAGAGAGAGGUUUGAGAUGAGACUGUGUGAGCUGCAGUGUUAUUUGGCCCUGUUGGGUCUGUCCCUUAUGCUAUGUGGCCGCAGUGCAAAUUCACAGCUAGAACCGGACAUGGACUUCCGUCAUCGCAGACUUAUGCAGAGAGCAAGAGCGAUUGGACAGGCUACACAGGACUGGACUAAGAAAGAUGUAGAGGAGCUCCUUUCCCUGCUUUCCAUGCCUGAAAUGGAGAUGCGCGAGACUGAUGUAUCAACGGCAGGUGAAAACGAGGACCUGCGCGUGGAGCUAGAACGUUCGGCGGAAAGCUCGAACCACCUGCCCGCUCGGGAACGCAAAGCGGGAUGCAAAAACUUCUACUGGAAGGGCUUCACUUCCUGCUGAGGCCCUCACUUGAUAUUGCCAAUUAACACCUUGAAUCUCUUGCUAAGCUAACUGCUGUGGUCAAAC